ACGACCUGAAACGCACGUUGCGCCAGAAUUUGACAGUGACAUCAAGCUGUCAAAACUUUCUGUAUCUUUGCCUUUUCUCUACAGUUAUUUCUUUGUAAACUAAAAUAUUCUCUUAAAAUAAAGAAAAAUGGCCCGCUAUUUCAAGGAACAGGAUAUAGAUGAGUUCCGUGAAUGCUUCUACUUGUUUGCGAGAUCUGGUCAGAUCACUUCCCUGGAUGAGCUGACCGUGGUCAUGCGGUCUCUUGGGAUGAGCCCGACCAUACAGGAGUUAGCUGGAUAUUUGAAGGGUAAAGGUGGCAAGAUGUCCUUUGCUGAUUUCUUAGAAGUAAUGCACAUUCACUCCAGAGCUGAAAACCUUCCCAAUGAGGUAGUAAACGCCUUCAAGGCGGGAGAUGCGGAGAAAAACGGCGUGAUACCGGCGCGGCAGCUGAGGAACUUGCUGCAGAACUGGGGCGAAGGCCUGUCUGCUAGAGAGGUAGACAAUAUAUUCCGAGAAGCGAAUGUGACGAACACUGGUACAGUUCGCUAUGAAGACUUCGUGAAAAUAGCCUGCGCGCCCGUGCCUGACUACUACUAAAUAUCUAUUUAUUUUCAACAGUUUAAGAUCCUUACUUAAGGCCCAAGUUUAAUAACAACAUAAACAUCAGUUUUUCUCAACUGUUUACUUAGAAAAUUGAACAUGAUGUCCUCCUAGCCGAUUAUCGGCUACGGCGGCUUUUCUCAUAUAAGGAGAUCAGCCAGCUGCGCAGAACAAAAAAUAUUAUAGUUUGUGCACAUUUGCUUGGACACAGGUGCACUCACUAUUCCUUCACUCUCAUGGCGUUUUUGUUCGUGGUGGAAUCGCCCAUUGUCCUUUUAGAUAAGUACAUACUGGUCGCAGAUAGUCAAAAAACCCGAGCAGGGCUCCCACGAUACGCGGGUCGGAACCAUGGGGUAGUUUUUUUUUUAUAUAAAUAAAUUGAGUUUAUAAGCCAAUUGAACAAAAUAAGGGUUGUUUUGCAUAAAAUUGUUAUUUUGAACAAGUAUAAUUAAAAAAAAAAAACAAGCUAUAAUUAAUUUGUUAGCGCUAAUGGAACCUUUUUAUCUGCUUUUCUUGAUAUGUCUAUGGAGGUGAGAAUAUGUACUAGGGUCACGUUAUUUAAAAAAAAAAGACAAUAUUUUAUCAAAAUAACUUCAUAAUGUUAUAUUGAAGUAACGCUUAGUAAUAUUUAUAAGUAUUUUUAUACAAUCGUAUAUAUUGUGAAUGUACAAUUUGAAGCAUUCCUAUAUUUUUGAAAAUGUGUGUGCUGUC